UUUGUCAGGCGCUGGAAACGUUGUUGGUUAGGUUUCUUAUUAUUUACUUAACUACCUUUUUACUACACAGUGUCCCAAUAUUACAGAAUUUAUGCAGCCUACUAGCUAUCUGCAGUUUUAUAUUAUCAUGUUCUUCCUCCCAGUUCAACUAUUCAUCUAGAAAAAAAUAGACCUAUAUCUUAUUUACUGAUUUGAAAGGUCUUAGGUAGAGAACGAUGUUUUGGGUUAUUGUCGCAAGGAGACAAACAUGUUUCAAAAGUGUUCUGUUACUUUGAUCUCAUUGGCUGUGUAUGCAUGUAGCCUACGCAAAGAAUGCAGGUAUCCAACGUAUACAUAUGUGUAAUGUGUACCAAGUUUUGAAGGUGAUGAUGUUUUUGAGUUGCACAGAAGAAAUCAACAUUCAGUUUUUUAUUUAUUUAUUUAUUGGGGCGUAGCAAACCUGCUACCAACAAUUAGGCUAUUUACUUUUUAAACACAGUAGAUAACAGGUAUAUUAUUUGCCUAUAAUAAUGUAUUGAAUAUGCAUUUUCCUUGUUUACGAAACCUAACCUAGAAUCAACAGCCUACCCCACCCCUUUCGUCUCCAUCCUCUAUGAGCGGACGGUGUAUCUCUGACCUCAGAACAGUAGCCCGUCUAAACCAAAAUGUCCCAGUCAGAGGGAGGAGAUCUGUUGAACGCAGAAAUAAUAUAGCCGUCUGUGAAAAUACCAAUGAAUUAUUACAUACUCUUAAAAUGUAAUUAGGCAGUACAUAGAUGAAUCAAGCAUACUAUUUUUGUUAAUGAACCGUAAUGACGUCGAUGCAGCAUUAAACUAAAUACAGGAUGAUGGGCCCAGUAGAACACCCCCUCUACAUGAACGGUACAGUCUGAUGAGGAAUUGUAGCGGAAGAUGGGAUGUGGGUCGUGAUGGUGAUGUUAAGCUAAUUCUGAAUGUAGUUUAGUAGUUGAUGACCGAAUGGCGUUUAAGGAAGCAAUUCCAUGACCUGCCACGCAACCUGACCCAGGCACGAUUCUCUCCAUUACUUCCCGAGUUCUCCGUCCAAUGCCUAACACUGCAGAAAGCCAAGAGGAAAACGUAUCUGGCACGAGCGAUCAGGCAGCCCCGGUCCGAGGCCCCAGCCGGGACGAUGAGUGCAGCUUCCUGAGCUCUUUCACGCGGGAGGAGUUGCGGGCACGCCGGGCCUCCAGCGCCGAGCUCCAGCUGCCCUUGACUUGCCCCGUCACGCACUCCAGAGAGAAGUUCUACACUGUCUGCUCCGACUUCGCACUGGUCAAUCGGGCCGCUGCCGUCUACAGGCCCCCAAGCAGCCCCAGGGAUGUGCCCUUCAACACGCAUGAUGGAGAGACGACCGUUGUGACGUCCAGCACUAUAUACCUGUCCCAGGGCCAGGCUGGAGGCACCAGCAAUGUCCCCGUAGACGAGGACUGUGACAUGGAAGUGGUGUCGUCUGGCAAUACGAAGCCUGUCCUUGCCUGGGAGAUUGACACCACUGACUUUAAUGCUGUUUUGACGCGAAAAACGAGGACAAGCAAUACAAAGAAAUUCAGCUGUAAAAAGAUGAAGUCUGCUGAAGUCUGCAGGAAUCUGCCAGACAUUCCAGGCCAUGCUUCUCCCGAGGAGAUCAAACAGAGGAAAGUCAUGGACCUGAGGAGAUGGUACUGCAUAAGCCGACCACAGUACAAAACAUCAUGUGGGAUAUCUUCAUUAGUUUCCGUUUGGAACUUUUUGUACAGCACAUUGGGAGCAGGGAGCCUUCCACCAAUUUCCCAGGAAGAGGCUCUGCAUAUUCUGGGCUACCAGCCACCCUUUGAAGAGAUCAAAUUUGGCCCUUUCACUGGCAAUGCAACUCUAAUGCGAUGGUUCAGACAAAUCAACGACAAUUUCCGUGUUCGGGGAUGCUCUUACAUCCUGUACAAACCUCACGGGAAACAUAAAACUGCUGGAGAGACAGCUGAGGGAGCGUUACUGAAGCUGACCGCGGGACUGAAGGACGACACCAUGGCCUACAUUUAUCACUGUCAGAACCAUUACUGCUGCCCCGUGGGGUUUGAAGCUACACCACUAAAAGCAGCCAAGGCCUACAGGGGGUCUCUUCCUCAAAAUGAGAUGGAGUAUUGGAUUCUCAUUGGGGAACCAAGCAGGAAGCAUCCUGCUAUUCAUUGUAAAAAGUGGACAGAUAUUGUGACAGAUCUGAACACACAGAAUCCAGAAUAUCUUGACAUCCGCCACACAGAGAGAGGAAUCCAGUAUCGCAAAACCAAAAAGGUGGGUGGGAACCUGCACUGCAUCAUGGCAUUCCAGCGGGUGAACUGGCAGAAGCUGGGUCCCUGGGCCCUGAAUCUGGAGAACCUGCGCUAUGACCUCCACCACCAGGGGACAGAACAGCGAGGGCAGGGUGGCGCAGGGGAGGCAUCCGAGGAGAAGGGCACAGCCAGACACCAGGGGCGCCUGGGCCGCUCCAACAGCACAGGGAACCAGAAGUCCGACACGGCCUGGAAACGGCUGUCCAACACAGCCGAGUACAGGCAGAGGAGCUCGCCCGACAGUGACCUAGAGGACAUCGACUGACCGCAGACUAGAGAAUUGUGCUGAGUCAUUGUACAUCUGAUGUGAAAGUACCGUUUUUGCACAAAUUCAUCUCCAACACCAAACAAAGUGGGUUAAGUGUUUUAUUUGGUCAACGCGAUAGCUUCAGUCAGCUUUCAAGACCAUGUCUCGCGUGUAGUGUGGAUCAUGAAAAAUGUUUUACUUGCACAGCACGAAACGAAUUAAUAGUUUCCUUUAAGUGUACACUUUCUGUUCCUUUAAGUGUACACUUUGUGGCUAGCAAUAUGUAGUGCACCGCUACCAACCAAGGCAUCAUCCUACUGUUGUGUGCUUUUGCUUUCAUCAGCUGACCUGAAUAGCAAGAAAAUUACAAUGUCGAGCGAAGAGGAUGAACCUUAACCAGGUGUGCAAUAUGCUGACAAAAGCAUGUGUGUGAAGAGUUCUGCAGUUGAGCAGUUCUGUACAAAGUAUAAUGGUUGUCAGUGAAAUGGUUAUUAAGCCAGAACACUUAUUAUGGAGUGUACUGCAUGAGAGUUGAAAUGCUGUAGUUGUAAAGGCAAUUGAACGAGAAACGUUAUCAUUCAAACCACAUUCCUAUUCCCAGCGUGUCUCUAGACAUUAAUACUGAUGCCUCCUCUGAGUAUCUUAAACCUGUGUAUAGUAUGUCCCCACCAAGUGGAUAGAUCCUAUAUUGGAAAGAUCAGGUUAUUAAAAUGAAAUAGUUAUACUGCUAUACUUUCAAUAGCUGUCUACUAUUUAAAAUGAAGCCAUUUCAAGAAAUAUUGAAACUGUACUUUUAAUGUAAUCAAGUAUGUGAAAGUACACUAUUUUUUGCACAGUCAGAAACAUUUAGGACGAGGCCUGAGACAAACUAGUUCUUUGGAGAAGUUCCCAUGUUAGGAUUUUUCUGCUGCUGACUUCCUAUCUUCCUAAACUUGACUUUUCACAGUGGUGCACUUAGGCUGAUGUAGGGCUAUGCUGUCCCCAAAGUACAUUAAAAUUAAAUGGUUUAGGAACUAAAUGAUAUAAUUCCUGACAAACAUUUAAUACAAUGGUGUUCAGAGUAUGUUGCAAGUUAAAUAAAGUACAGCAGAUAAAGUGUAUCACUGUACAGGGGGAUAUUUUGAGCUUCUGUGUAGUUAGGAAGGAUAUUAUGUGAAAGCCAACAGGAAAAAUGCAUGAUUGCUUACCUGUGCUGUACCAAGCUCUGUCUGUCCUUUAUUUGCUAUGGGAACAUGGUAUUAAGUGUCUGUAGCCACUAAGAUGGUUGUUCAUGUGAAGAAAUGUGCUACCUUACUGUAGUUUUCCUUUAUUUAUAAAUAAAUAUUUCUACAACUUCG